CUCUAUUCUACUAAAAAGAAAAGACAAUGCUCAUUUCUAGGGUCGGACCACACGAGGAAUCAGAACAGAAUGGUUUUUAUCUGCAAGGCUGAUUUCGCGUAGUAAUCAAUCAAGUUUCCUCGCUGCAUCAGGCGGCACGCUUCACAAACUCAAACACCUCUCAAUCCAGUCUCUCCUCCGGCGCCAUGGAUCCCAACCCCGGAACCUUCCCUAUCCUCUCCUACGUCAUGAGUCGUCUCCCUUCUCUGGGUUCCAGACCUUCCGCCGCCGCCGAAUUCGAUAUCGAACAACCUCACCCUGUGCCGCCGCCGCCGCCGCCACAUCUUCGCCCAUCUUCGCCUGAAUCCGAUAUUGUGGGCAAAAUGCCUCACCUCACUGAUCCCAAACUCUUAGCUGCCAUGACCCGCGCAGUCUCCGACGUCUCCCAGACCCGAUCAAUACUCAAGCUUAUCGGGGAGCGACCCGACCAUGAAGCCGUCGAUCGUGCAAAGGCCAAGCUUGCGGAUAUUGAAGCCCUUUUGUCCAAGCAACUUGAGGAGAUUGUGCUGUCCCGGAGGCCCGAGAAUAUUGACAUCCUUCAGUGGCGAGCUAAUCAAGCCGAAAAAGAGAAGGAGUGCAGGGAGUUAGCGGAGAAAGAUAUGCGGCCGUGUAAAUCACUGAUACAGUUGGACGAGAUGCACGAUGCUUAUGAGAAACUGCUUAAGGAUGCUGAGAAGAGGCUGGUAGAAAUUUACGAGUCUGGUGGGGAAGCACCGGAUAGUGCCGAGGGUGAGAAAGACGAGCACGUUGGGGAAGAGGUCAACGAAGAGGUUGUGGGGAUAAUGUGGGAGGCAUAUGGAAAGGGGAUAGAGCGAUUGGAUCUUUCAGGGCGGCGGUUAAGGUUCUUGCCUGAGGCCUUUGGACGAAUCCCUGGAUUGGUUGCGCUUGAUCUUUCGAACAAUCAGCUCGAGGCGAUCCCUGAUUCAGUAGCUGGGUUGCAAAGUCUUGAAGAGCUUAAUGUCUCUUCAAAUCUUUUGGAGUCUCUUCCAGAUUCAAUCGGCUUGUUACAAAAAUUGAAAUUUCUGAAUGUCUCUGGGAACAAGCUAAAUGCCCUACCUGAUUCCAUCUGUCACUGCAGGUCAUUGGUGGAGCUGGAUGUAAGCUUCAAUGGUCUGACAUAUUUGCCAACAAACAUUGGACAUGAACUAGUAAACUUACAGAGGCUGUCUAUUCAAUUGAACAAGAUUCGAUCUCUUCCAUCAUCUGUUUGUGAAAUGAGAGCGUUGCGCUGUCUAGAUGCUCAUUUUAAUGAGCUUCAUGGGCUUCCUAUUGCAAUAGGGAAAUUGACUAAUCUUGAAGUUCUCAACCUGAGCAGUAAUUUCAGUGACCUUAGAGAACUUCCUGAGACAUUUGGUGAUCUGACUAACCUCAGGGAAUUGGAUCUCAGCAACAAUCAGAUUCAUGCACUUCCUGAUACAUUUGGUCGCCUUGACAAUUUGGUCAAGCUCAACUUGGGGGAGAACCCUCUGGAAUUGCCACCAAAGGAAAUUGUAGAUGAAGGGGUUGGAGCCGUAAAAACUUUUAUGGCUAAGAGAUGGGUUGAUAUAUUGCUUGAGGAGGAAAGGAAAAGCCGUGAAAUCCAAGAACUGGCAGAGGCUGGCUGGUUAACACGAAGCACCUCCUGGUUGAAGAAUUAUGUAUCCAGUGUUUCUGGAAAUGUUACCGAGUAUCUGGGAUCUGCCUUGGGAUCUCCUAGGACUCCAAGAGAUCCUUACCUUGAUCAGCGGCUUUAAGGGGAGGGUACAGUAGCUUUAUUCUGGAUUUGAAUGCUCUCAUCAAUAAGCUCAUCAGUUGAAGAUUAUAAAUUGUAAAUGCUGCACGCUGGCAAGUGUCAAUUCCCUUUAUCUCCUUUGGUUGCACCAAAGCCGCUAUGCCUUGCUGAAAGCAGAUGAUAACAGACAUACUCGUGUUUUUCUUAGAUUGUUUGGUUGUCAAAGUUUAGCUAUGCUAGAAGAAAGUUUAACUAUAAUUUCAAGACGGACCAUGGAAGAGCGACAGUUACCAAUGCACAGUAUUCACUAAUCACCAAGUUUUAAUUUC